GCAUCAUUAAAUAGAACAUUUAAGUAUUUGAGUAAAACAGUCUCGGAUUUAGUGCAUUUAUGGCGGAAAAAACAACUAUAAAUGAAUCAGAAAAAAUGUACGAAAACCCUGGGGAGUUUGAUGAGGAGGACGAAGUUACAUUGAUGUUUCCUAAUGAAGAUAACAAAACAGUCUUUUUUUCGAAGUUUGUCUUAACAAGAUCUUCACGCGUGUUUAAAGCCAUGUUUCAACAUGAUUUGAAGGAAAAGAAGGAUAAGAACGUAAACAUUGAGGAUAUCAAGGUGGACGAUUUCAUUGCCUUUUUAAAGUGGUCUGAUCCGAUGGUAUCAAAACCACCGACAGCUGAAAACGUGUUGAAAGUGGUUGAAAUCGCGGAGAAGUACCAAAACGAGUCCAUGAUCAACCAGUGUAGAAACAUAAUGGGUCUUGACAUAAGAGAAGCUAAACCAGAACGGAUCAUUGCGAUCUUAUUGGUUGCUGCUCAGUACAAUUACACAGAGGUUGUUGAAGAAGGAGUGGAAAGAAUGAAGGCUAAUUAUCGAAUUCGUGAGUUUUUCGACGAUGCACAGUUUGAAAAACUGCCUGGGGAAAUAAAAUAUCGCAUUUUAUCAAAACGUGUAUCGCAGGAGUAUAGUCAUAUGAACGCUGGCUUUACUAAUAAUUUAAACAUUUAGCUGUUGUAAUAGUUACGUCAUAUGACACUUGUGUCAAUGACAUAACGACUUCCAAAAGUAAAUAUGUUAUGUUAUUCACUGAUGUUCACAAUUUGGUAUUGCAUUAGCUUAACAUUCCUGCUUUUAACCAGUAGUGAGUACACAAUUUCACAGUAAUAUGAAUACCAGGUAUAAGGCAAGGGAGCUACUGGUGGUACCAUAUUUCAACGUCUUUUGGUUUGACGAGGCCGGGGUUUGAACCCCCGAUUGUUUGCACCCGAAGCGAACGCUGGUUUUGUCCUUCAAAAAAUGAUUACUCAUAUGUUUAAAUUUAUGUGCGCAUCAAUCACAUAAUUCAACACGUAUGUUAGACAAAAAAAACUGUAUAGUGCGAUAGUAUUAUAUUAGUUAAAUUGCUUAGUGUUUAAUUCAACUAAAUAGUAAUAUACUACUUAUUAUAAAUUUAACUUAGCGUUUUAGUUCACUUUAACACACGAACACCAUAGCUUCACAUGUGACCAGAAACAAAAGACUUCUCGUUUGGUAAUACAGCAUUGAUGUUGGUGUGUCAGACAAUGUAAACAUGAACUGUUUAAUAUGAAUAAGUUUAAUCAAUACUUUUUUAAUUAUCCUAAUUGUAAGUUAUUACUUUUAAAUCGACUUUAAAUGCAUUAUCCACUUUUCGAAUAGGAUACUUUUAACCGAGGCAAAACAUUGUUUAUAUGAUGGACAUAAAGACAAUAGUACAGUAUUGUGCUAGAAAUAUGACCAAUCAGGCGUUCAUUUUCCCACGAAUGCCUACUUCUAGCAAACAAAAACGAAAUUCGAACGGCAAUUGGAGUUACUUGUAAUCGAGCAUGCGCCUCUGCAUAUCAACACCCGCUUGUGUGGGUGUUGGUGUGUGCGUGUGGUUCUGUGUGUGUACCAUUCUAUGUCUUUAUUUUAAUUAUUGUAACAUUCACCCUGACAAAAGGUGUUUCAGAUAGUGUUAUUCUUGUUGUGUUUUAAUGGUUGCAUAUAGUGAAUUUUGCAAAUAAAUCGUUUAAAUGUGACGUUUUCAUCCGUGGUAUGGACAUUACAUUGUCUUAAACAUGGAUCGAUUAGUCUGAGAAAUCGAAGUGUGAAGAAUACAUUUUAUUUGGCUUUGAAAGACAAUGCA